GCCUAACCUAUACAACUUCCCCCCCCUCUCCCAUUUCUCUAACUCAAUACGUCCCGUAUCUACUUACAAAUUUCUUGUGAGUUAUGGCCCUGGGCAGACUGAGACUCUGACCCCGGCUGGAAAAUAAUGUAACCUUACAGUAGAGAAAUGGAUAAGUUUUUAAAGAGCAAGGACAAUGGCGAAGAUUGCGACGCGGAUAAGGAAAAUGGAGAGGAGGAGAUACCACGUAAGAGGACCAAAUAUGGUAUGUCUGGGGUAUGGGAUUAUUUUAAAAAGUGUGCGGAUGGCAAGACUGCCAAAUGUACAAAAUGUGGCCAAAUAUGCCAAACAAGUGGCAAUACCACAAAUUUGUCUGCUCAUUUAAUAAGAAAACAUCCCAAUUUGAGCACCAUUGAAGAGUCGAAGGCUGCAGGCCCCAUCUCAACGCUUCUUCAAAAAAAAUAUGAUGCCUCAUCAGCCAGGAAAAAAACACUGGACAGUGCGCUUACAACGUACAUUACGUCUGAUCGUCGCCCAUACUGUGUAGUGGAGGACAAGGGGUUUCGGCAUCUCGUCGAAGUUCUUGAUCCUCGCUACCAGCUUCCAUCAAGAAGAACAUUGCGCGAUGUCUGCAUACCAAAUCUCUUUAUAGAAAUGAAGCAGAAACUGCGCGAAAUUCUUGAUAAGAUUGAGUUCUGCGCUGUUACUACUGACGGCUGGACUUCAAAAGCGAAUGAAAACUAUUUAUCAGUUAGUUGUCAUUUCAUUACUGAAGAGUUUGAGAUGCGGACAGCGGUUCUGUCAACUACAAAACUUAAAGAAGAAACAAAUCAUUCCGCACAAAACAUUGCCAAUUCUCUACGCGAUGUAUUCAAUGAGUGGGGAGUUGCACAAAAAAUAACGGCAAUCGUAACUGAUAACGCAUCGAACAUGAAAAGCGCUUGCGAAAUUCUUUCAAAAAGUAAUGUUCCAUGCGUAGCGCAUACAAUUAAUUUGAUUGUACAAGAAUGUUUGGCAAAUGAAAAUUUAAAGCCUUUAUUGGCAAAAUGUAAACAAAUUGUGGGUUUUUUUAAGAGCAGUACCAUAGCUUAUGCGAAAUUCAGGGAGGCUCAAAAUAAGGAAAACCCACUCAGCCUAAAGCAAGAAUGCCCAACAAGGUGGAACAGUGCCUAUCACAUGGUAAAAAGAUUUUUGGAAACCAAAGAUGCCAUAUGUAAGGUGUUACUCAACACUCCAAAGGCAUUGUCGCCCUUAUCAGCGGAUGAAAUUGUCAUUUUGGAAGACCUUGAAAAGCUUUUGUCUCCCUUUGAGCACGCGACUAAGUCCACAUCAUCGAGCAGCUUGGUCACCGUGUCGAUGGUUAUUCCAGUAUGCUGUGGCCUUCUUCAUAACCUUGAAAGCCUCAAAGGCAACCUAGCUACUGAGGAGGGUGAGCGUGCUUGUACGAUAUUAAUAUAUGGCACAAGAAACCGACUACUUAAGUACGAGUCGCGGUCAAAUACAAGAAUCUCCACUCUCCUGGACCCCCGAUUCAAGAAAGAUGGAUUUUUAUCACCUUUUAAUGUCAGCGAAGCAGAGAAAUUUUUAGAAAGUGAACUCUCUAUGUUCAACGCAUUGUCCGAGCCACAUCCAUCUUCCUCUAACCUGCCAGCACCAAAACCAGCAGUCCAACCCCACCCACUAUUCGACUUUCUAAAAAAGAAAAAAUCUGAAAAAAUUAGAAGCAUUCGAGCAGAUUCAAUUAUAGGAUUGAAACAAUAUUUUAACACGGAAAAUGUUGAACCAAGUAUUUCCCCAUUGGACUACUGGAAGAUCUCAACUGACAACGCAUUUAAAAGAUGCGUGAAAAAGUUUUUGUGCGUCCCAGCAACGUCCACAGAAAGUGAACGAAUGUUCAGCAAAGCUGGACACAUAGUAAAUGAGAAAAGGAGUUGUCUCAAGCCGCAGCAAGUAGAUAUGCUGUUCUUUAUAAACAAAAAUGAUUGGACGAAGUAAAUGAUCUUAUUAAAUAAUAUAAUC